AUCGUCACCACCCUUCCAAAAGACACCUCACCUCCUCCAUUGCUUUGCUUCUCUUUUCCAUUGUUUUUGCCUCCUGAAAAAUUCUCUCUUUCACUGUGAGGUUCCAACCUUUUAGUAGUGGAUUCCUCCUUCCUUCUCCUUUCUUGAGUAGUUUCUCACUGUACGCUGUGGUGGUGGUGUGAUUGAGAGAAGGGGGGAGCCGGAAGAGAGAGAGAUAUGCAAAGAAAGGGAGAGAUGAAGAGUUCUGGUGGUCGAUCAGCAGCUAAGAUGGAGAGAAAGAUGGUGGAGAAGAACAGGAGAAUGCACAUGAAGGGACUCUGCUUCAAGCUCUCCUCUCUCAUCCCAAGAGAACACAUCACCUCCUCAAAGGAUGCUUUGACGCAGCAAGAUUACUUGGACUUAGCUGCAUCUUAUAUUAAAAGCCUUCGAGAAAGGAUUGAAAAUUUGAAGCAAAGGAGGGAAUUGCGAACUAGUACCGACGUCGGAAUCAACAAGGGCAUUAGCAAUGGGAUGGCAAAAGGCAUGAGCCUUCCUGUGAUUGAAGUCAGACACCAAGAAUCAAACUUGGAGGUCGUUUUGAUAAGUGGGCUUAACAGGAGUUUCACAUUCCAUGAGGUGAUCAGCAUCCUUGAGGAAGAAGGUGCAGAAGUUGUCAAUGCCAGCUUCUCUGUUGUUGGUGACAAGAUCUUUCACACAAUUCACUCGCAGGCAGUUAGCUCCAGAAUUGGCUUUGAAGCUUCAAGGGUAUCUGAGAGACUAGAGGAGUUGGUUCAAUAAGCAAUUUUAGAUCCUCAAGAAGCUGGAACCCUCGAAACCAGAGUGAAAAACAAGUUCAAUAUUGUUGAUAACAGCAGUUAUUAGCAUCGAAGAUAGAAAAGGGAUUACUCUCUUGUAUUGGUUGCUCUGGCUUCAAUGGUGACUCAUCUAUUUUUUCUUUAGAACAUGGUUAUGCUAGGAGGUUGCAUCUUUCUCUGAAGAGGCUAUUGGUCUUGCUAUUGUAUUAAGAAAUUAGCUUUCUAAGAUUGCCUUGGCAGUUCUGUGCUCGAGAUAUAAUGCCAACAUUGAAGCUUUUCUUUUUAACUAUGGUAUUGCAUGACCAAUGAAUUGUUAAAGCAA